CCUUUUCCACGUCCUAGCACCUCCAUAUUUGAUUUCACCAGUAGAAGCGGAUAUCUACAACAUCACCAGGUGCAGCAAGCAAAGCAACUCGAUACAAUGACCUUACCCACAGACUUCGAAAAGUACAAAUGCGACACCCCAACACACACCAGUGUUGCAGACGACUCAACUUCUGAGUCAAGCUCAGUCGGCUGUCCAAGUCUCAGCUCUGACAUGGGAUUGUUCAAUGCCUCUCCCUGGAAUGGUGGUCUAUACAUAAUUCGCGACCCAAAAACAGGCCUCGCCAUCGCCCUCAAAGAAGGCACCCUAGGCCUAUUCCCUGACGUCUACCAUCGCGGCAGUGGAGGUCGCUGGCGCUGUGUUGAGAAUGACUGUCUCUGGCUUGGCUUCAAAAAUGCCGUCUCGGGGGCUUAUAUUGGGCAUAACAACAAAGGGGGGUUUGUUGCUGAGGCAAAGAGACAUAACGGUUGGGAGUGUUUUUGUGCAAGACAGCACCCAUGUGGUGGGCAUGUGCUGCUUGUGAAGCAUUGGAGUGGGUUUCUGCCGAUGAAGAUUGGGGGAAAGGAUAAUAAGGAGUUGGUGGUUGAUGCUGAACGAAGAGGGGGAACGGCGUGGGAAUUUAUCAGGGUUGACGAGCCUUGCGAUAUUGCAUAGCUAUUGUUUAAAUGACUUGAUAUAAUAACAUAUGAAGCAACUGGAGGCCGUGAAUAUUGAGCAAUUGCUGAUAGUAUUCGUCAUUCAAAUUACAGCAGUUGCACUACCACGGAAUUUUGGUAUGGAUGUUAAACAAGGGUAGCUGGUGAAUGGCGGUGCUGCGGCAGGGAACAUUGCCCAACGGCCGCUGUGAUUCGUACACCCCAACGAUUUGCAAACUCUCCUUUUUUGUUACAG